AUGUACGCAAAGCUGCCCGUCGUCCUGGCCGCCGCCGCCGCUCUGUCCCCGGCCGCGGCGCAAAAGUACGCGCCAGGCACACACAACAUCUGCACCUCGACAGGUCCGGCGGGAGAUGGCGCGCCGGUAAUCCUGUGGCAGGCCGACAUCUGCCGGCAGAAGAGCUUCUCUCCCGUGACUCUUCCCCACGGCCGCGGACAGGUCACCCCCUCGGUAUGCUGCGAGGACGUCGUCGGGGUAUUCCUCCAAUCCGAGGUGAUACAGGACGGCCGGGCUGUCUGCUCGUACCAAGGGAUCGAGAAGAAGUCGGUCGUUCUGAACUUUCAGAGAGGGGGCCGCAGCAAUUCGUACAUGGUUACGGGUGGUGGUGUCAAGCAGUAG